AUGGCUGCGGGCAAGCUGCUCGUGUACCUGCUGAGGCGCGAUCUCAGGGUCUCGGACAACCCCAUCCUGCACCACCUGGCCGCGUCUCCGGACCACGGCUACACCCACCUCCUCCCCAUCUACGUAUUCCCCUCGCGCCAGGUCGAAGUCUCGGGCUUCCUCAAGGAUGGCCAGCAAUCGCCAUACCCCCAGGCCCGGAGCCGGGUCGGCGGGUACUGGCGAUGCGGCCCCCACCGGGCCAAGUUCGUUGCCCAGUCCGUCUGGGACCUAAAGGACAGCCUGCAACAGCUCGAUAGCGACCUCGUCAUCCGAGUUGGAGACACCCGGGAUGUCCUCAGCCAUCUCAUGCAGGGCUUACAGGACCAGUCGCCCAAGCUCGCUGCCGUGUGGAUGACGGAGGAGCUGCCGUGGGAGGAAAAGGAGGAGCACGAGGCCGUUGCCGCCCUGUGUUCGGAAAACGACGUUGAUUUCAAGCUCUGGCCCGACGAGAAGUACUACAUAGACGAUCGCGAUACGGGCUUGGCCAAGCCCGCCGACCUGCCCGAUGUAUUUACGACGUAUCGCAAAUCCCAGGAGCCCCUGCGCGAGCGACCUCGAAAGGCACUACCGGCCCCCGCCAAAGCUUUGCUGCCUCCGAUGCCGGACGAGUCGGCCAUACCGCCCCAGCACGGCCCCUUCGAAAUCCCCGCGUCUCUCGAUGGGCUCGAGGCGCGCCUGCUGCAGCCGCUCGACAUCGGCUUGUCCAAUCCGCCCAAGGCCUGUGGCGAUGCGCAGUCUGGACACACCUUCCAGGGGGGCGAGCGUAGUGCCCACGAGCGCAUCUGCCACCUGCUCCGGUCUGGAGCGGUGUCGUCAUACAAGGAGACGCGCAACGGGCUCUUGGGAGCCGACUACAGCACCAAGCUGUCGGCCUACCUCGCCCUCGGGUGCAUUUCCGCGAGACAGGUGCACGAGGAGCUGCUGAAAUUCGAAGACGGCAAGGCAGAGGCGUACCGGGAGGCGGCCGGAUACGCCAAAGGGGAGAAUGCAGGAACGGCAGGGAUACGCUUCGAGCUGCUGUGGCGCGACUACAUGCGGUUGUGCACCGCCAAAUUCGGCCGCAAGCUGUUCAAGCUGUCGGGCUUCACGCAGGACAAGAGCUACGACACGAAAUGGAAGACGGCCGACAAGGCGGUGGCGGUGCGCGGCCAACAGCCCUCGCCAGACAAGGUGUCGCGGCUCAUCGAGAGAUUCAACGAGGGCACGACGGGCAUGGGGCUCAUCGACGCCACGCAGCGCGAGCUCUUCCUCACGGGCUACACGUCGAACCGCGCGCGGCAGAACGCGGCCAGCUUCCUCUCCAAGCACCUGAACAUUGACUGGCGCUACGGCGCCGAGUGGUACGAGAUGCUACUUGUCGACUACGACACGUCGUCCAACUGGGCCAACUGGCAGUACGUGGCCGGCGUUGGCAACGACCCGCGCGGUGAUGCACGCAUCUUCAACCCUGUCAAGCAGGCCUUUGACUAUGACAAGGACGGCGCCUAUGUUCGCACGUGGGUGCCGGAGCUCAAGGACUUGGAGAAGCCCGAGAAUGUCUUCCAAGCCUGGACCACGAGCAAGGCCGACCUGGAAACGUGCGGCCUCGUCGAGAACGUCAUGGUGACAAACCCUCUCAAGCGCAUCGACUUCAAGCUGGACCGGAAGCCUCGGAGCACACGCCGGCCGUUCCCGCGCAAUCGCGGCCGAGGCGGCGGCGGCAGCAGUGGCGGCCGUCGAGGUGGCAACGGGAGAGGGCAGGGGCCCGGCCAGCCAGACAACUCGACCGAGGAAAGCUUGGAUGAUGCGGGGCCCAAGGCUAAUUCGGAGUCCAAGGACAAGAUUCAACAUGGCAAUGGGGCCGUGGCACCUCCUCACCAGCCCCGGCCCCCAACAGGCCCCAGAGGCAAGUACAGCAACGGUCCGCAUGGAUACGUCGCCAACGGCGGCUACAAUGGCGGCUACACCGGCGGUUACAAUGGCGGCUACACCGGCGGUUACAACGGCGGCUGGACGGGGUAUGGAUUCAGGGGACAUCAACAGCCGUGGCAGCCCAUGUACGGGUCAGCCCCGGCCUGCCCCCCGCUCCCGAGUGUACACCCCAGCGCGCAUGGAUGA